AUGGAGCGGCGCGCCAUCGUCUGCGCGCUCUUUGUCCUCUUCUUCCAGCGCAUCACCGUCAGUCGUGGUGGCCAUGCACAGGGCCCAUUUCAGGGACUCCAGGACGUCAUGACCAAUACUUCGUGGGAAGAUCAAGUGAACAAGUCCAAGGUUAAUAUCGACGCAGUCGCCAACGAGAUUUUCCCCUACGUCGUCGAAGGCUCGUCGGAGCUCGACGUCUCGGUUGACUGCAUGACAGCAUUGCUCAAGACCUUCAAGGCCUUCCGGGACCUCAAGGGAUGGGCCGUGAGGCUGAUGGAUGCAUCAGGCAAGCUACCCGAGGGCCUUCUCGAAGGACGCAUGGCAUCCAUCGGCUCCUACGAUGAGUGCCUCGACCUGGUUGCCGAGUACAAGACGCAAGAGUUGUACCGCGGCAAGUAUUGCACAGUCUUCCUUUCGUCGGGCCACAAUGUUCAGGAGAUGUUCAACAACGAGACUGACGCCUCCGCUCACCUGUCGACGCUGCUCAGGCACCCUAAGAGGAUGACUCGGAUCGUGUACCGCGUCUCUCCCCAAAGCCGCAAAUUUCGACUGGGUGUCUGCGUGCCAUCUGUCUGCACUCUUGACGACGUGCAAAAUGUCGUCGCGCACACAUCUUCAAAGUCGAUCGGCGCGAAGACGCAAGUUAGCCGCUGUGUAGUCAAAGAAGAUGUGUCUAUAAGUGGACUACAGGUCUUCCUCAUAAUUGCUCUGUGCGUGCUGGUUAGCAUCAUAAUCGUGGCCACCAUCCUGGAUAUGCGAGUGGAGGACAAUGCCCAGAAAGCACUGCCCGGGGCAGGUUGCCUGACCAACUGCCUGCUGUCGUUCUCAUUCGCUCGCAACCUGCGCCGGCUGACGGACCCGGUGGAGCCACCGGAGUUGGGUGCAGCUCAAGGAGUGCAGGCCAUCAGCAUGGCUUGGCUCAUAUGCGGACACACCUACUUCCUCACCGAGAACACGCACAUGUUCAGUGGACUGCUGAGGGCCUAUGACAACAUCUCGAGUGACAUCCUCUUCUCGCCUUUUGUGAAUUACACGCUGGCUGCCAACACCUUCUUUCUUGUCACCGGCCUAUUCCUGGCCUACAAAAGCGAGCUGUACUCUUACAAGUCGGUCUUCAGCAUUCUCCUGCAGAAAUACUUCCGCAUGACACCACCAUUCUUGGCCGUGCUGAGUGUCCUCCUGCUGCUACCACUGACCAGCGACGGGCCCUUCUGGCAGGAUUAUGCUGGCGCUGAGAUCGAACGUUGCUCGGCGGUGUGGUGGACCAAUCUAUUCUAUAUAAGCAAUUUCUGGAAUGCGGAAAACAUGUGCCUGUUCGUCACAUGGUACCCUGCCACAGUUAUACAAUACACCAUCGUAGGGCUCAUCUUUCUUGUUGUCAUCAAAAGAAAUGCAAAGCUUGGCUACAGUGGCGUCCUCGGCUUCGCCCUCGCUGGUUGCGUAGUCACAGGAGCCAUCACGUUCGCCAAGGAUUUGCCCCCAGGAAACAUCUUCGAGCCGAAUUACAGGGAAGUCGAGCGCCUCGCCACUUGGAUAUACCACAAGCCAUACACACAUUUGGGAUCAUUUUGCGUUGGCCUUGGACUGGGAUGCCUCCUUAGCCAGUUCGACAAAAAUCGGCUUUCAAAGUUGGCGUAUGCCAUGGGUUGGGUGGCAAGCCUGACGACGACCAGCGUGCUCUUCCACUGUGGCUUCGGCUGGAGUCUUGAACGAGCCAGUCCAGCUGGAGCGUCAUUGUACGCAGCACUACACCGGACCCUGUGGGCGCUGGCCGUCGCCUGGGUCCUCUACGCCUGCUGCACACUACACGCCCGCUUGUUAAACGAAUGGCUGUCAUGGGGACCGUUGAAGGUGGUCGGCCGGCUGAGCUACUGCAUGCUCUUGGUGCAUCCACUAGUCAUCGUGUCACAGAAAUCACAGAACCGGCACAUUACUUUCUUCUCGCACUUCGACAUGAUGCACCUCUUCUUUGGUCACUAUGCCGUCACCUUAGUGAUGUCAUUCUUGGUACACCUGGGCGUCGAAGAACCAUUCGCUCAACUGGGCGAGCUUCUAGGAUCUUGCGAAGUCAGCUGCCCACCCAGGCUGAAGCAGCUGACGCAGAACCUGUACGCUAGCAUGACCACCCAGCUUCGUCGCCGCGAAAGGCAACAGCAGCAACAGCAGCAGGCUGUGUCAAACAGGAAAGAGCCAUCUGAGGGUGGUAAGAAGGCCCAGCAGCCACCACAGCCGCAGCAGCAGCCGCUGGACAACCACCACACCGAAAUCGCCAUUGACGUGGACGUCGGUCGCCAGCUGGAGAACGGCACCGAAGUGGCCGUAAUCAAGGAGAAUGGCAGGGACACCACAAGGGAUGGUCACAGGGACUCCGCUGGCAACCCGGAGGCCGCAGUGUGA